CAGCUACCGGAUUCAAUAGAGAACAAAAUGAUGGCUUGCCUACUCUGGCGUCCAGCAAUGAAGCUCCUACUGUACUUGAUGGUGGUCCCGAGGGAAACUUCGGCAGACCUGUUUGAGAGGAACCAUCACGAUGACGUCAGAGUCAUGAAACUGCUGGGUCCUUCAGGCUCGACGGAAAGGAUCCAGGUCCUUCCAGGAUACACGGAUCCGUCCUUUGAGACCAUGGCGUCCUCAGAGGAUUACCUGGAAGGCGGAAGAACAGAGGAUACGAUGCCCAGGACCUCGAAAUUGAACAAAGGUUCCACGGACGCGUCGGAGCUCAAAUCGGAAUCAGUUACUGGUGUCUUGCUGCAGGCCGAUGAGGCGGCCUCUAUUGAUAGCUACGUCGACAGCGGCCAAGGGACUCUGCCCAAUUUGACAGAGGUAACCAUAUGCGUCCGUUUCCGUUUGUUGCACGGAGGCCAGCCAGCUACGCUUUUUAGUUACUACGACGGAAAGGCGUUCGAACAACUCAAUGUCGCCAUCAAGUAUCCGAACAAAGAACUGCUUGUCAUGUGUUGUGCCUACCACGUACACCAGUACGUCAAAAUCCCAAUUCGUCUUUUUACCUGGGAGCACCUUUGCCUGGCCCUCAACAUCCGGAACGACACGCUACAUAUCAUUUUCAACAACAAGGUGUACCUCAACACGGCCAAAAGGAACGAAACGGAAUCCUCGCCCGAAAAGGCCUAUGUUAGAGGAGGAGGUCGAUUCGUAAUGGGUCAGAAUAUAAACCUGGAUGCCGAGUGGGACGUUACUCAGUCUGUCCACGGUGAGUUAGUAGAUUUCCGAUUGUACAACCAAGACAUCCCAGUGGACAUGAUGCAAGACUAUGUAGCUUGCAAAUCUGACCCGAUUCCAUUUGAGCCUCUGUAUGCCUAUGGGCAGAAUGAAUCUGAGCUUAUUCUGAAAGGCAAAACGAAGGCAUUCCGCAUAGCGUUGUCAGAGGUCUGUAGACCUAGACAUAGCUACAUCACCCUGUUUCCAGAGAGAAUGACUUUUGAGGAAGCUUUCAACAGGUGUCACUAUCUGAGAGGAGACUUGGGCGUGCCUCGAAGUAAAGAAGAAAACACCAGGCUCUUCGACGAGCUAAUCGUAUUCAACGAUCAGUGCAUCCAAGGGUGGGCGGCUCUGUACUGGCUCGGCCUAAAGAGCAAUAUACCCAAAGGCCUGUGGCAGUAUACCAGUGACAACACUACCCUAACCUACAGCAGCUGGCUGGAAGGUUGGGAGAAACCUUCCGUGCAGUAUCCAUGUGCGACAGCAGCUGCUGUUAAUUUUCCAUACUUGUGGUACAACGCUGAUUGUGACACUCUGACCUGCCCCGUCUGCAACUUCACCACCAUCCCUGCAUUUCGUCUGAGAGGCCUCUGUCGGGAAUCGAAGUUUGACCGAGAUUACUUCCUCAACGGAUACCGCAAUGGCCGGCCUAUGUUCGAGGGGAUGUUUUUCAGCCAGAUAGUGUGGGAUAAGGAAAACGAAACGUGGGUUCUGCAAAGCCGCAAGGAAAAGGGCGUUGUGGCUAAGAUGAUUGAAAAACGACCCAAAGGUUAUCCUUUUGGACUGACUGUCUGGCAAAUUAGCGGGGACAAUUGUGUCGAUAAAGAGACCGAAUACCUACUGACCUACUGCGGGGAUCAAGACUUCACCUGCAGUGAUGGAUCCUGCAUCAACAUAGUGAACAGGUGUGACCAGGUCACCCACUGCCCAGACAACUCUGAUGAACUGAACUGCGGCAUUCUGCAAGUGCCGACGGGUUACACUUCCAACUUGCCUCCGCCGAGCUUCGACGGGGCGCCGCUCCUGAUGAAGAUUGAAGUGGAGAUCACCUCCGUUCGUGAGUUCAACCUGGUUGGCUUCAGCAUGCAGCUGGAUAUGAUCCAGAGCGUCACUUGGAAGGAUGCUAGACUCACAUUCGCCAAUCUCCGUCCUGGGGACUUCAUCAAUCAAGCGGGGGUAGACUCACCCAUCUGGAGGCCGAUCCUGGCGGUCAAAGACGCAUCGAAGAGUCCGACGAACAUCGUCAUGAGGAACGAGGGGUUCCGAGUCAAUCGGGAAUCGACGCCGCUCUCAGACCAAGACACCAAAACGAGAGAAGACAAGCUCUACGCAGGCGCAGACAACAGCAUGAAGAUGGUGCAGCAGUACACAGUGCAGUUCAUGUGUCUCUUCAGACUUCAGAUGUAUCCCUUCGACACACAGCAGUGCCUCUUAUCCUUCAACAUCACCAACAUGGAGCAGAAUUUCAUAUUUCAGAAGGUUGGUGUCCUCUUCAGUGGGGAAAGAAGGCUGCUCGAGUACAAAUGCAUUGGAGAGCAAAUGCUUGGUAUUGAAGAUGGCCCUGGGAUCGUAGAGGUUGUGCUGACUUUUCGGAAUCAAUAUGGCUAUUACAUUGGCAAUGCUGUCGUGCCCAGUCUACUCCUGGUCGCCAUCUGCUAUUUAUGCUUCCUCUUCGAUAUGCGUGACUUUCCAGAUCGCAUCAUGGUGUCUCUGACGUCACUGCUCGUGUUGGCGGCACUGUUCAGUCAAACAAGUCAGUCUAUUCCCAAAACGGCAUACCUCAAGUUGAUUGACGUCUGGUACAUUUGUCUCAUCACUUACGAUUUCCUCAUCAUCGUCGACCUGGUGGUCAUCGAAAACUUCCGUCUACAAGCGGCGGCGAUUGCAAACGAACCACAAACUCCGAUGUUUGUCAAAGUAGGUUCUAGCGGUCCUCCGGGUCUGUUAGACGAGAAGCGUCGCCAGUCCUUCACCCGAGAAAAAAGGAGCCCAGAAUAUUACACCAUGAUCUCUAAUAAGCUUAACUUUCUGUCUGUUGUCAUAUUUCCUAUCCUCUGUGUCGUUUUCUGUCUGAUUUUCUUCAUCAUUGGGUUCCUGGACUUCGCGCAAUACGAUUAAAGCGUAUUAUUCACAAGAGUGUAACAAGACGGGGCUGAAUUUCACAAGAAAUGAUUCUUGAUAAACAACAGUCUUUUCCUUUUUUCUUUUUUUCAAGUGAAAAAGCUUUAGUUUAUGGACAAAUGUUCUGUUACCCUAUAUAUUUGCUACUUAAAAUAUAGAUUUCUAAGUUAGCACCAAGAACAGGAGAAUGUACACAUGAAGUCAAGUAUGGUGGGCAAUAAUGAAAAUUUAUUUCAUCAUGAAACUCUUCUUUCCUACGCUUGAACUUGGGAUUAUUGAAACGUCCCAUAAAUUUGAAUUGUAUUCAACUUUAUUAGCAGAAUAUAAAAAGCUGAUCAUAAAUAUUUCUGAGGUACACCGACUGAAACCAAAGUUCACAAAAAUGGUGGCAUAAACGCCCUUCUCCACUGUUUAAGCAUAUUCGUUCAAAUUAAAAAAGAAAAAGUAUUCAUUAGAGCAAUCAGUUAAUACCUAUUGUCAGAUGUGAACGCUGCACCAGACAGUCUACUAAGAUGAUACACUAACUACACAGCUGCUUGCAGUACUUCACGCUGCAGUUGUAGAAAACAUGGUCCACCAUGCUCAUCAGCAUGUGGAUCUUGUCAGAUUACAUCAUGUGACAAUAUGCCUGGAGAUGUAUCAUUAGAACUAGAGUACACUGAUGAAAACUGCCGUUUGACUUUUUGUUAGAAUAUUUUGGGGGUUACGUGGUAUAUUGACCCGCCUAUCUCCUCUUUUUGUAUAUUUCGCAUUACCUUCUGUUACUGCUUUCGAAUGAGCACCAUAUUCUUUGGAAGCUUGAAUUUCAGGUCAGUGACCCCUGAGGCACUGCGGCCCCUUCUGCAGUAUGUAAAGCUCCCCUCGGGCCCCUACCCCUGAAAUUCCUGCCAACUAUAAACAAUAUGUUGUCUCUUUGCAUAGUAUUAUUCUUCAUUGCUUAUAUGAAAAUAUGGAUGUAUGAUAGAUUUUUGUUUGAUUGCUAUUAAAUAUUUUAUAACUAUGCACUGUACUAUAAUUCAAUGGAAUAAAAAAUGCUCACAGAAAACUGAUAAAACAAACAUAUGAUGAAUCCACGUUUAAUCUUAAUCUUAAUUCAAAGAGUUUCAGCAAUAUACAGAUUACUUUGAUAAAAAGUAUUAGAAAACAAAUACUAAUUACUACAAAAAUAAAUAUGAUUUUUACUAUUAAUACAGUUAUUCAAAGAUCAUGACCACAUCAAAAAUCACUACAGGUCCUCCUUAGUGAUUUAUUUAUCCCUAAUUAUGUAGUAUUGGAAAACAAAAGACAUUGAUGACAAUAAAACCAUAUUUACGGCAAUUUUUUUCCUUCGAUACUAGUUUAACUGUAUGUAAUGAUGUCAACGAAGCAGUGGAUUAUA